AUGGCGACUAUUGCUGAUAUUAGCCUUUCGGCAGCCAUCAAUCUGUCGUCUGCAUUGAUAUUCCUGUUAGCGUUUGCAAUAUUGCGGCUUCAGCCCUUUAAUGACCGGGUGUACUUCCCAAAAUGGUAUCUGAAGGGGAUAAGAGGCAGCCCAACAGGUUCCACGUUGGUAAAGAAAUUUGUUAACUUGGACUUCGGGACCUACAUCAGGUUUCUGAACUGGAUGCCUGCAGCAUUGCAUAUGCCAGAACCUGAACUUAUUGAUCAUGCAGGCCUUGACUCAGCAGUGUAUAUUCGGAUAUAUCUUCUUGGGGUCAAAAUAUUUGCCCCAAUUACGCUGCUUUCUUUUAUGGUUUUGGUUCCUGUUAACUGGACUGGGAACACAUUGGAAGCAGCCGGAGCUAAGAAUUUGACAUUUAGCGAUAUUGACAAGAUUUCAAUAUCAAACAUUCCAUAUGGAUCAGAUAGGUGA